AUGAUUGAAAAUCAAAAUACGAACAGUAACAACGCCCUACUCGCAACUCACGAAUUUCUGGCCAGCGAGAAGAAGCAAAAGGGUGCGAAGUCGUCAGACGGAAAAGCGGAGAAUCCGAUCGUGGAUGACAGGGACGGAGGAAUGGACGAUGACAGAGGAAUGACUGAAGCGGAAAACGUGCAGAGCAACAAAUCGGAAGAAGAAUCUAGUGAGGAAGAGUCAUCAAGUGAAGAUGAGUAUGAAGAACAAGAAGUGAACAAAAGGAUGUACCUGAUGUGGACAAGAAAUUGGGAUGAAAUGAUUACGAUUAAGCCGAAACAGAAAAGGGUAGAACCUGACGACGAAAGAAUUGAAAAUACAUUGUUUGUCACGAGACACAUUGUUCUGUUUGAUGAAUCGGGUGAUAUUCAAGAAUCGUCUGUUUUACAUCUAUUCAUGUGUGUAAUGUGUAUAAAAGAGUAUCUUGCUAUUUUUCGAUGGAUCACCUUUACAGUUAUACAUACGGUUAGUAAUGGGUAG